GGACGAGAAUCUGUCAUGAAUUUAAUAUGUACUUCGACGGAGUACACCCACUAAUUCCAUGGAAUUUGUUCAUUUCAUUCAUUCUUUCAUUGUAGUUUGACUCUAAAAUAGGGAAAAUAGAUUCGUUAACCUAUAAAAACUGUAAAAACAAAGUUUCUUUAUUUUGGUUAUGAAAUAAUACUAGAAAUUGAGGUAGAUAAAUAAACAAUUAUGGUAGAAGUAAGUGAAAUAAUCCUGUGUUUAAAUAUACCUUUUUCUUCCGCAGAGCAUGUUUUGUUAGCUAGUGAGGUAUUAAAAGUAGACAAGGAAUUGAAAAGCAGUGGUGUACACAGGGAGAUAACAACUAAUGGUUUAGAAUUGAUUGUAAAUUUUCAAGGUCCAGAUUUAAAGAAGCUACGAGUUGCUGUCAAUGCGUUCUUGAAGAAUGUGUUAUUAAUAUUAAAAACAAUAGAUUUAUUCCCCGCUGAAUAGUUUCUAAAUUGACAAUAAUGCCAGAACACACACCUGCACCCACUCCUGCAAGGUCUUUGUAUGGUUUUUUCAUGUAUGUUUUCAGUAAGACUUUAAUGGGUAUAUACUUAAUUUGGGCUAUUGUACCUGAUUGUUAUUUGCAUUAUUUAAGUAUUUACUACUAUCCUCUUAAAUACUGGUCAACUGCAGUUCCUAUACAAUGUCUAGUAGCAUUGACCUUGUUUGCAUUUUUAAUUUAUCCUAGUUUUAAUUUAAUAUUGACAACCAAUAUAGAUAGCAUAAAUACAAUUCAAGAUCCUUUUUCACAAUAUGUUAGUGAAGUUAAUACCAAUACUGUAUAUGUUAAAACUAUGUGCUGUUGUAUUGAGGGAAGUAAAUGCAAAAAAAGAUGUUUAGUAUCACCCAAAGAAUUUAAAGAUAACACAGUUCCACCACUCCAUGACUUAAAUAUUUCUAUGGUAUGUAGAAAAAUGUAUCUAAAUAAGCAAACUUUAAAAUAAACUGUAUAUUCACAA